AUGAAUCGAUAUCUAACAUUGAGCCAAUUGGGGGAUGGCACUUAUGGCACGGUCGUCCUUGGUCAACGCAAAGACACCGGCGAGAAGGUCGCAAUCAAACGGAUGAAGCGGAAGUACUACUCUUGGGAGGAAGCUAUGAAUCUCAGAGAGGUUAAGUCCUUGAAGAAACUUUCACACGCCAACGUGGUCAAACUGAAGGAAGUAAUCCGAGAGAACGAUGUGCUUUACUUCGUUUUCGAGUACAUGCAGGAGAACCUGUACCAAUUGAUAAAGGAUCGUGAGAAUCACUUCCCGGAGGCAACGAUAAGACUGAUACUGCUGCAGAUUCUAACGGGGUUGGCAUUCAUGCACCGUCAUGGAUUCUUUCAUCGGGAUCUAAAGCCGGAGAAUGUGCUGUGCUGCGGACCGGAGCUGAUAAAAAUCGCAGACUUUGGUUUGGCGCGGGAAAUCAGGUCCCGACCACCGUACACCGACUACGUCUCUACACGAUGGUAUCGUGCACCAGAAGUUCUGCUUCAUUCAACCCGAUACGGAAGCGCUAUCGACCUUUGGGCUGUGGGCUGCAUUGCGGCGGAACUGUAUACGUUUCGGCCAUUAUUUCCGGGUUCUAGUGAAGUUGAUCAGUUGUUCAAGAUAUGUUCUGUACUUGGAACCCCUGAAAAGACCGACUGGCCCGAUGGUCAUAAGCUGGCAUCUACGAUUCAGUUUCGAUUUCCAGAAUGCCCGAAAGUAGCGCUAGAUUCUCUGGUAACCCGCGCUGGUUCGGCAGCCAUUCAGUUGCUAGAGGAUUUUCUGCAGUGGGAUCCAGACAAGAGGCCCACAGCCCAGCAAUCGUUAAAGUAUCCGUAUUUCAGUGUAGUUAAGCCGAAGAAUUCCGCAAGCGUAACACUUAACGGAAAUCAGCAGUUACCGCAGGUCGUACAAAACAAUAAUAAUCUACCCAACGCAAGGAUAUCCAUAGUGGAUGUAUCCCAGCUAGAAAAUAAUGGAGUUAAUAGUAGAUUUAGUAAAAAUAUUGGUGAUGGAAGCAACGGUGGCGUUUACAAAUCGCUGAGUAACAGUGACUUGAAUGAUAUCAAUUCGUUGUUAAGCAUGUCGCGAGUUUCUCAGAAUGCCCCCGUGGAAAAGCGCAGUUCAAUGGAUAAUGAGAAGCUAAAUGAUAGUGCUAAAAGUAAUAGCAAAUUUCAAAGUGGUAUCAAUUACAGUGUUCUGAACGAAAUGUUAAACAACUACAAUCUAAACCUUAAUGGUGUCCUUAAUAACAGUAAUAGUCUUCAAGGUCGUCUGGAGCGGAAAAACAGCAUUACGAAGUCGAUAACUGAACGAAGUGAUAGUGGCGUAAACGAUAAUGGUAGUUCCGUGGUGAGUUAUGCGGUUAUCAAGCCUGUGGUGGUUAAGUCGGAGGAAAAACCAAUAUUUGCGGAACGGCAAGAGAAAGUGAAUGACAUAUUCGUUACAAGGAAUAUAGACAACAUUAAUAGAGUUGUUGACAGUGAUAAUUCCAGUUAUUUUAACAAUGGAUUUUUUUUACACAAACAAAACGGGAACUCUAAAAAAGAGUACACGAAUAAUGCUUUCAACGAGAGUUUCCUGAACGACUCGAAGGUUUAUAAUGCUUUUUCUAAGCAACCGGUUUUACUGACUAGAAAAACGGAUGAUGAUAUCAGGAUGAAUAAAUCGAAAAAUCCUUCAAUACAUAGGGGAUUGCAAAGCAAUUUUAGUAAAAGCUGGGAACCCGUCAAUGGUAGCAGCUUCGAAGAUGAUCUGGAGGACAUCUUAGGGAGCAAAAUUAAAUCAAACAAAAAAUCGAAUGCCGAGUUCAAAGUUGAGGAUAUUUUUGGGACCGUUUCUUUUGCCAAAGAUUCAACCACAUCCAAAUAUCCUAAUACGGUUCCGUUUGCCAAGGGAGUGAUGAAGAACGGGAAUGCAUUGUCCGAUAUAUUUGACAAUUCCGACUCAAAACCGAUGCAUUCCAGUGCGAAUGUUGCUCCCAGAAGAAAAAACCAGCAGGUGUUCGUUUCCAAUCACAGCUUUGCUCCAAACAAGGAAUUAGGCAAUGUAAAUGCAUCGUUCAAACUUUUUCCUUGGGAAGAUGUGCCACGGAACGUCCCAGAAAAGAAACAAUGGAUUCCAGAUAGUGGAAUCUUGACAUACGUUGGACCCAGUGGAGAUGGCAAAGGACGACCUGACUGGGCAGCCAAGUAUCUAGGCAAAUAA